GAUGUACACAAUCAACCUUCCCAAGAAACUCACUUGUAACGACUGUACAAUUCGUCUGUUACGUCAGGCUAAAGAAUUGGGCAGCCGAUACUUGUUUUGGAGUUGUGCCGACGUAUCUGUGGUUCCAGUAUCCGAGUUCCGCACAAUAUGUUCUAAUCACGGAAAACUAGAAGAAGAACGUUGCGUUUGUAACCGGCUAUUCUCUGGAAAUGUGUGUCAGUACAAGGAUGAGUGCUGGUCAGAUGAGGAUUGUGGGCCUAAUGGCAAUUGCAUCAAUGUAGACAGUACAACAUUUCCCAAGAUGCAGUGCUUCUGUAAAGAAGGAUGGUUUGGAGAAAAGUGCAACAAAGAAUCUCCUGUGAAAUCCGUUAUGGUGGAUUUGAGCAAAUAUUCUAAAAGAGAAUUGUCAGAUGAUUAUACCCUAUACUGGAGAAUCAUUCAGGAAACUGGAGAGAUUGAAGCUGUUCUCAAAGUUAGUGGUACAAGUUUUGUAGCUCUUGGAUGGAGACCUCAAGGUAUUGAAUCUAGCUGUAAGGCGUUUCCUCUGAUCAGAGAUCGUCGCGGUACAUCAUCACUCGAGUCAGAAACAGGCAAGAAAACGAACCUUAUAAAUGGAGAAAAACGUAUAGAGGAGCCUGUUGCUGAACCAACUUCCGAACAGGUUCCUGAAGAAGAUGCACAAAAUCACAACACCCAUGACACACACAAGACCCGAGAAAACAAUAAUCAGGACACUUCUAAACAAGCCACAUCUUCAAACAUCAACAAGGGGCCAAGAGCAAACACCACUCCAGGCCCUUUACCUUCAGCGCCUUUUGGUGGUCCACCCUAUUACUUUCCACCAUCACAAGCUUCGUUGAAUGACCACGGCUUUGGUUUCCCAGCAUCCGGAGAUUCCGAGCAACAAAACUACAAACACAUUAUUGAUGAAAAUGGUAAUUUAAUUGGCAUCACACUAGUGGACAGUCCUCAGAAAGCCCCAGACAGACGCAAUUUUUAUUCUGGGGGCCGUUUCAAACGUGGGGCUCAACAACUUACUGAACCGGAAGCAUCUGUGGAACCGAACGUUUCUGCAGAACCAUCGAAGAGCAAACCAAGUCCAUCAGAGAAAUCUAGUACGUAUCCACAAACGUCUUCCUACACCCCUCGUCAUGAAUUUCACGCCAUGGAUUGUACAGAUAUUGUAAUGGGGGUUGUUCGAGGAAAGGCUAGUCGUAUCUUUGACUAUUACACCCGCGACAGAUCGACACCUCGUGUUGAUUCUUACUAUGGUGGAACAGAUAGUUUGACUGCUGCAGUAGGAGCUGAGGACAAUGGAGUGACCACAGUUUUAUUCCGAAAAAAAAUAAAAGCAAAAGAACUCACUGACCACACCAUUGAGAACAGUUUAAUGAACAUUAUCUGGGCCAAAGGUCAAGAGCCUGGAAAGUACAUCCACCAGCCUAAAACAGGAAUUGAAGCCGGUAACGCCAAGAUAACAGAUUUCUACAGACCUGAUGAGAUUAAAUAUCACGGACAUGGAAAACAGCGGGGAAAGCUUACUCUGAACUUUUUCGAUGGAACAAGUCAACCCUCUGCAGCGACCAUUGCGUCACCUAGUGGCGAGUGGAAAUAUCCUCACAACUGUAUAGAGCAGAGUUGUCAAUAUCACAUUAAAUGGAACAUGGAAACUGAUACUGAUGAUAUCCACUUCGUCAUUCACAGCUCUAAUGGUGACAAGUGGACAGGUGUUGGUUUUUCGAAGAAUCCCAAAAUGCCCAACAGUGACGCCGUGAUAGGGUGGGUGAAUGAAAUCGGCCAAGUGAAUGUCAUUGAUGCAUGGUUAACUGGCUACGAACAUCCACAGUAUGACGACAGCCAGGAUGUUAAAAAUUUCUCUGGCGAGAUAAACGACGGCAAGGUUACGCUGCGAUUUAGUAGGAAAAGAAAGACAGGAGACAACUCCCAAGAUCUCGAUUUUACUUCAAAGGACGGCUUGUACUUCUUAUUUCCUGUAAAAGGUGGAAAUUAUGACGGCGAUAGUCGCAAAAUUCAGUUUCAUGAACAAAUACCUGUGGUAUCUAGUCAGAAAUUUUAUGUAGGGUCUAGCAGUGAACCAGACACAAUAUCAGAACCUGAACCAAGCAGCAAGCCAGAUGCCAAGUCAGAACCUGAACCAACCAGUGAACCUAAUGCAAAAUCUGAACCUGAACCAUCCAGUGAACCAGAUGUAAAAUCAGAAUCUGAACCCACCAAUGAACCUGGUUUCGAGAAAACAAAAGGUUCCUCUGGUCCAUCCACAACUCCUAGUACAAGUACCACCAGGAUUUAUGAAACUACGCCCACCGCUAUUGUCCAUCGUAAGGCUGAGUACAAUGUGGAACUGAAACUGCCACGAGCUUGGAAAAUCGAGUUAGAAGAGGAGGACUCGGAAGAAUAUCGUAAACUUCAGGGGUAUCUUUUAAACAAUGUGUCCUCGGAACUGACGAGUAUAGACGGAUUUAAGGAGGUUAAAGCUGUUGAUCUAAAAAACGUCGAAGCAGAAAACGACACAGUUUUGGUAAAGAUGAUGAUCGUCAUGCUAGAGGAGACCCCAGCUGAAGGAGUUACACCUUCUGAUGAGGAUCUCGUUGCCCACCACAUGUCAGCUUUAACCACCAAGCUCAACAACACCGUCAGCAAAGGAUUUGUUGGUGAUCUGGAGGUUGACCCUGCUUAUCUCGUUAUUCAACCUUCCUCCGUUGUAGAAGUUGGACCAGAUGGAGUAGAAGCAUCAAAACCUAGUCGGCGUCUAGACGAUAUAACCAUUUAUAUAAUAAUUGCUGGUAUUGCAGCACUGGUUAUCCUGGUAGCUAUACAAGCAACCUUCAUGGUUUGUAGGAAUAGGAAACGAAAAGGGGUGAUGAAGACUAAUAGGCCGAAGGACUGCGAGUGUGCAGGUUGUAAAGGCAAGCGUCGAAAUUGUUAUCGAAUGUGA